AUGGAACACAUCCAUCUCCACAUAGAAGACCCCAACCCCGACUCUUUCGAUGAAGAGAUCGCACGUCUUAUCGAAUCCGCCAUCCAGGCAACCCCUAUUACUUCGGCAGACGACACGGCGUCAGCCUUAGACAGCCUAUACACGCGGUACAUGACACACUGGCCAGAGAGAGAACCCGAAGGUUUCCUACUGCACUUCUGGGAGCUCCUGUGUAUCUUUGCCAGCCAGAUCCCCCACGACGAUCCCGCUCAAGACAAGCUAGUUGACGUGCUCAAGGAGCUGACACGCCUUCCGUCUCGGACGAUCGUCAUCUGGGGCGAGGAAUGUCAACUAUGGAGCGACAUGCCGCUAUUCGGUGCCGAGUUUCCGGCCAACUGGGAAGUCUUCAAACCUGAAUUACCUACAGACGUGAGAAAACAAAAGGUCCUCAACAUGCACGCUUAUGCCGCCCGGGCCUUCGGCCAGCGUCUCACCGCGCUCGAGCAUCAGGCCAUAUGGGCGUUGAGCGAGGCGGUCGAGGGUGCGACAGUCCCCGUCCGUGGCGGACCAGACAUCGUGUCGCAGGAUCCUACUACCAUAGAGGACCUUCCGUACAAAACGGCUGUCGCGGCGAUGUGGGUCAUCCAUGCGGGACAUGUUUUGUUUGGGCGCGAUGAGGUUAUCGAGGGGACGGCGGGGGGGCCGUUGUGGGUGCUUCCGAAGAAAGAGGCGAUUAGGUUGAGGGUCAAAUAUAGAGGGACUCAGGGGCUUUGUGAGAAACGGUGGAAGCUAUGGAAGGAUCAGUUUUGUGCUAUCCGGGAUUGUGAGGAGGUUGAGGCGGAUACUAGGGAUGUGGCUCGGCGGGCUGUUCUGGCUAUGGAGAGGGCCGAAGAGGAGCGUUGA